AUGCUUGAGGCACGAUUGGAGCAGGCGGGCAUCCUGAAGAAGGUGGUCGACGCCAUCAAGGACCUGGUCCAAGACUGCAACUUCGACUGCAAUGACUCGGGAAUCGCGCUGCAGGCCAUGGACAACUCGCACGUCGCGCUCGUGUCCAUGAUGCUCAAGGCCGACAGCUUCGCGCCGUACCGGUGCGACCGCAACAUCGCGCUGGGCGUCAACCUCACCUCCCUGACCAAGGUGCUCCGCGCCGCCCAGAACGACGACAUCAUGACGCUCAAGUCCGAGGACGCGCCCGACAGCCUGAACCUGGUCUUUGAGAAUGCCGACAGCGACCGCCUGACCGAGUACGACCUCAAGCUCAUGGACAUUGACCAGGAGCACCUGGGCAUCCCCGAGACCGAGUACGCCUCCACCAUCACCAUGCCUUCAUCCGAGUUCCGGAGGAUCUGCACAGAUCUGUUGGCCAUGUCUGAGUCUGUCACGAUCGAGGCGAGCAAGGACGGCGUCAAGUUCGCCUGCACCGGCGACAUUGGCAACGGUUCGGUGACUCUGCGCAGCCAUCAAAAUGUUGAAAAGCCUAAGGAGAACAUCGAGAUUGAGCUGAGCGAGCCCGUGUCCCUGACCUUCUCCCUCAAGUACCUGGUCAACUUCUGCAAGGCCUCGGCGCUCUCGGAACAAGUCAAGAUCUGCCUGUCCAACGAGGUGCCUCUCCUGGUUGAGUACGGUGUGCAGGGCACCAGCUACCUGCGCUUCUACCUGGCCCCCAAGAUCGGUGACGACGAGUAA